UGGGGAUGCCAAGCCAAGCCAGGACUAUCCCUAAUGUUGUCGUUAAGACGUUAACUAACAUAAUCGUUGGAAAGUUGCUGUUCAAUGGCUGUACGCCGUAUCAUCUUAUAAUUUUUGUUUAUUAACUUCCAAAACGUUUUGAACGUGUGCGUAAUUUAUUUCUGGAAUCCAAAUGCCAGAGCUCAGUGCAAAAAUCAAAGAAAUUUAAUUGUCCCAGUUCAUCACAAUUUUUUUAAAUCUGAAAUCAAAAGGACUUUGAAAUGGCUAAAAGACGGAGCAUGAACAGACGAUGGUCCAGGCGAUCAACAAAUAAUUCGGCAAUUCUGAAUGAUGACACAAACUUUCUCGAGGGGAUUUCUCUUUGUCUUUGGUCAGGAGACGACGACUACUGGCAUUACCUCAACCAAACGAACUCUCGUCCACCUUCAGGAGUAAAUAUUACAGCGGCUACCGCAGUACUCGAUCCCGACUCAAACAUGAUGGAUUCCACUGUUUCAACUACACAUUGGGAGUAUCUUGGAAAAUCCAGUGACAAUAUACUCCAACAAUUGCCCGCAAAUUCAUCAAAACUAUCAAAGAAAGGAGAUGCUGCUAGUGAAAAUUCCCCUGAAGAUUCUUCAGACGAGGAAGUCUCCGUGAAAGUACGAAAGAAACGACCCCUCCUGGGACCACCAAGGAAACCAAAGGCAAAAGAAAUCCUGUCUGUGAGUUCUUCGGAGUCUGCAGUAGAACCAAGCGUUCAUUCACCAUCACACAAUUCUCCAGCGUUUCCAGGCAAAUCUCCACCUCAGCCGGAUUCAAUGAACAGUUCAGAAUCUACGAAGGUCGAGAAAAGACGUCCCCGUUUCAGGAAACAAAAGGUCAAGCGAGUAGGCCACAGUAUGGUUAUAUCCGACGAUUCUGUUGUCCUGCCGUCCCAAGAAUCCAGAGGAACCAGGAUCAAACCUAGGGCCACCUUUUUCAAUAGAUCUUCCGAGAAGAUAAAUUCUACAUCGAACCUGGUGGAGGAGAGAACUCCUCAAGAACGCAGUGCUAGUGACAGUGACACAAAUGAACCCAUAUUCUUACCUCGAAAGAAAUUUGAACGAGUAAGAAAAUUGAAAGUAUCCGAGAACCCCUUCGUUGGCAUUCUCGAUGACAGUGAACCCCAAAACCAAACUGUUGAGAUCUCUUCAAAGGCUAACAAAAGCCAGACUAGACAUAGCGACUCCGGGAAUUUGGCGUCUCAGAUAAAUUCAGUGAGCGUACAUUCUCAGAAGCAUUCAGGUGGAGAUGAUGAAGAAUCAGAAUUGAGUAUUUCAGAAGAAUUGAAAAUUGGUAGAUCGACGAAAGAUCCAGAUGAUGGCCAGAGCUUUCAAAAUCCAGAAGCCAAUACUAUUGUUGGACAAGAGACAGUAAUCGGCAAAUCCAAAAAUAACCAGAACCGUUCCAGGACAUCCAAGAAUAGAAAAGUUUCUGAAAAUGCAAACAAUACAGUAAAUAGUCUUCGAAAGAGCAGUUCUGUUGAAGGUGAAAUUAUGAAUGAUUCGAAGACCUCGAAAGGACGGACAGGAUGGAGUCAGUCUAGUAAAAAUUCAGUCCAUCAGUCAUUUAAUUUAGGGGCGAUCGACGACCCCGGAGAGCGGGAAACUUCUUCGAAGUCCGUGAACAGAUCUACGUACAUAUCGAAGGCUCAAUCUGUUCGAUCAGAACAUUCUCCAUCUCCAAUAAAUUCUCCAUCGAUAUCCGAACAUGUAGAACAACGCGAACGUCCUCAGGAAUCUAUGAAAACGAAUGAAAGAGAUGGUACACGAAGAUCACGUAUCAGCAGCAAGAAAAAUUCAAGGGGAGAACUUUCAUUACAUCAGACGAAAGGUAGUAAUCAGAAUGAAAGUCAGAUGGAUCGGUCAGCCACAUUGGCGUAUCCUCAAUUAAAAGGACAUCAUCAACAGAAGGAAAUAAAUUCUUAUGAAGAAAUGAAUUCUGAAACUGAGAUGAAUAAUUCAAAAAAUCACAGAAAUGUUGCAUCGAUCUCUGAUAACGCAGAGAUUACCAAUAUCAUUCACAGUCCAACUAAUCGUCCAGUUAGCAAUCGACAUUCUCACCCGAAAGGACAAGACGAGCAACACAAAGUUAAUUCUGACAGUGAAUUAGACGCAGAAACAGUCAGUGAAAAAGAGUUAAUCUUUUCUGAGAAUAAAUAUGACGCCUCAGGAUCGGAAAUCCGAUUUGCUAUGACAGACAGUUUUGUCGCUCCAAAUGAAAAAACACCCAGAGAAGCCAGUAAAAAUACGAUGCGGGUUACUAGACAUUCUGCUGAUAGUAAAGCCUCCAACGCUUCUUUGAAUAAUCCUAAGCACAUUCAUAGUCCUAAUACAUCAAGAGUUAAAAAAUCAACUGGUGAUAAGAAUCGCGACACUUCACAUCAUUCUUCAUCCAGCCCAUUAACACCUUUCUCAGAAAUGUCUUCAAAUAAAUUGCGAUUGACAAAGUCUAAAAAUCCUGAAGGAGCAGGAGAGAUUGAAAUCCAGCGACGUUCAAGUGCUGGAUCGUUUGGGGCAUCUCAAAGUUCAAUUUUGGCGACCACAAAAUUGUCGAACAGCUCCAAAAGAUCGAUAGAAAUAAAUGACCAUAUUAAGGAGGCGGAAUUAAAAGUUCGUGACUUCGAAAAUCUCAGGAGAUCUGAUCCUUCUCUUUAUGAACUCCCCCCUCAGCAGAGAAGUCCUUCGGUCAGUUUAUCAGAGUCUGAUCACGCAAGUACAUCUUCUAUAAGACUGACAAAAUCGAUGAAACGUUCACUUGUUGUCAAUGAAACUUCUCACAUGACCACGAUGAAACAGAAAUGGGGGCGUCCAGAAUCUGAUGAUAGGGAGCAACAGCCUUUGGUUAAGAAGUCUCUAUCGGCAUCUCUCAGUUUAUCAGAAUCUCCAAGGCAUCCAAUACCUCAAUUGAUUAGUGUUGAUGCACAAGAGGAUGAAAACACUAUACCAACGAACGCGCAAAUAGAGUCAACACCCUCAUCUGGAGUUCUGAGGAAGGCUGAAAGUAUUUCUGAAGUUGAUUGGCCAAUGCACCAGAGUAAUUUUAGACAAUUGAAGAAGGACAUCCUGGUGAGACGUAGUAAACAGCAGGUCCUUGAAAAAUCUUGGACUUUAAGUGCUCCUUUCAAUCCGGAGGAGUUUAAGAAAAAGCUGAAAGAGAGCAAGAGAGUUUUGGAAAGGAUGAGGUCUAAGGAAAAUGAAGUUGAAUGUGAGAGAACUGAAAAGAAAAAUGAGAACGUAAAGAAGAUGGCGAAGGCAUUCAAGGAGUUGAAGAAACCGAGGAAGCCGGAGAAAAUUCUAGAUAGAGCUUAUAUUGUAAAUGGAAAGAUCUACAAACGACCAAAACUCCCUAGACCUAAACCCUGGGCUACCCACAAUCUUUAUCAAUUUCUCUGGAAGAAAAUGGAACCCAAGUUUGGAGAGCAAUGCAGAGUCAAGUCUGAGAAAUUUAUCAUGGAACUCAAUGAAGCAAUGACUGUCAUUAUGAGGCGAAAGAAAUACGAAAACUACAAGGGGGAACUAAUAAGUUUGUUGAGAAGAAUGGCUCAAUUGGGAAUAAUUGAGACCAGGCACGAUUUCCAUGGAUUUUGUCACGACUUUUUACCUUUUCAAUUUAGGAUCAAAGUUGUACCCAUGCUACAAGCUGGUAACACUCAUAAUAUUCCCUUUGAACCGGACAAACUGAUGGAGCCCAUUUUGGAGUACAAUUAAUUUACGUUAACAGUUAUAUGUUUUUUUUCGUGUCUUUAACUUGACUCAAUUAACGGUGGUUAAUAGAUAUAAUUAUAUGGAAUUAAGUCGGUCAUUCGGAUGUAAACAGCCAGUUACUGGAUAACAAAUGUUAAAAAGAAUAAUAAGAUGACAGUUUCAUAGUUAAGAUAAAGAAUAAUUUAACUGAUUUCUUCAAUUUAUUUCAACUUAAUUUCCGAGAAGAAUGAUAAAUUUUAAAGAGACGUGAACUUGUGGAAGGAAAUGAGAAGUUUUGUUUGCUUCAAAUAAAUUUGUUUCAGAUAUUAGAA